AUGAAUCUAUCACCAUCGAAACUAAAUUCAAAAUCAAAUGAAUUAGAAACAGUCAAUGAAGAAUCCACUAUAAAAGAUACAAAUACAAAUGAUGUAAUAAAUCAAGAAAGAAAUUCUAGAUUAGAUAUAUUAUCAAAAGCUAAAGGUGUUAAAAGAUUAUCAUUGAUAAAACAUUCAAUCACUGCACAAUCUCAACCACAAACUCCAGCCAGUUGUCCCAAUCGUUCACCAUUAUCCUGUUUCAACACUUCUAUCAAUGGUCCAACAUCAGCAGUCGAAACAAAUAAAAUAUUGACUUUUCGAGAAGUUGAUCAUCCAACAAGUGUUAUCACUAGUAGGAAGAUCAGUCAAAACAUUCAAUCAUCAUCAUCAGCAGCAUCCUCUCUGACAUCUUUGACAAAUACUAGUCGACCACCAUUGUCACUAUUAGGUAUUCUGGCUGCUAAACGGAUCACGCGAAAAUUUCUAUCAACAUUGACUGAUGAGAAACAUCAAAGACGUCUGAGUACAUUCAGUAGACUAUCCUCUUACAGUCCAGCAUCAUACAACUUAAUCAAUUAUCUACCAACAUUUCAAUUAGGCCCAAAAGAAAUAUUCAAUGUUAGUAAUGUAAAACCUCGAAUAGAACAACUAGUUCAAUCACGUAUUGAAUCACUUCCAUCAACUUAUGAACGUUUUAAAGCUAAUCGAUUAUGUAUUUCAUUAGCAAAUGAAAUUAAAGCAAUGCUCAAAGCACAUGGAGAAGAACGAUAUCGUUAUUUAGUAUUUUGUUUAGUCAUGCAAAAUUGUAAACAAAUGGCUGGAUUCACUAAUCGUGUAUUAUGGGAUAUGAAUUAUGAUCGAUCAUUCUGUGUGAAUCAAACAAAUACAUCGUAUCAUAUAUCCGUCAAUUGUUUUAUUGUAUACAAAGAAUAG